GUCAUGUAAUAUUCAGACAUCGCCGUCUUAACUGUGUUUGGUGUUUCAGGCUCCUGCUCUCUGGUAGUUGUCUACUAUGCUUCGUUUGAACAGCAUCCUCUCGUUAGUUGUUUGUUUAGGUGGUCCAGCACUAAAUCGACAAUCACUCAACACUUGUACCACUGUGACGACUUUCUCACAGCAAUCUCACUCCCCAAACCCAAGCCUCUCUACCCACCCCAUAUCCAAAGAAAAGUCCCAAAUGCACAUUAACCUAGAAACACAAAACUCCUUCCACGACCCGACGUCCCCAAACUCCGCGCCAAGCCUCCAAAGCCAAACGCCAAGACCACACAAAUCCUCAACCUCAGGCUCUCAAUUUUCAACCACACUUUCCAACAACCUGUUUAUUCUUCUCUACAGGCCAAAAGAGAUGUCUUGAGAUCAUGUGGAGAGC